AGGUCCCGAGCCGGACGCGAAGAAUGGCGGAUGUGCGUGAGGCGGACGAAGCAGAAUUGCAGCGCCUGGUGGCGGCUGAACAGCAGAAGGCGCAGUUCACUGCACAGGUGCAUCACUUCAUGGAGCUAUGUUGGGAUAAAUGUGUGGAGAAGCCAGGGAAUCGCUUAGACUCUCGCACUGAAAAUUGUCUCUCUAGCUGUGUGGACCGCUUCAUUGACACUACUCUUGCUAUCACCAGUCGGUUUGCCCAGAUUGUGCAGAAAGGAGGGCAGUAGGCCAGCUCCUGGGAGAAUGACAGAAGCAGCAAAGGACUUGUUAUUAAGCAGAUUGCAAGCCAGUGGGGGAAGGUUGUCAACCCACUGUCAGGUCAACUUCAGGCUAUUAACCAAGGCUGUCGGUACGAAAAAGUAACAGAUCAAAUGUUCAAAAAGUGAAAUUUAUUUAUUUGGAAUUCAGAAAUUCCAUGUUGUAUCACAAGUUAUUCAAUAAAUGUGAAUUCUCCAACUGUC